UGCAAUCUCUGUGAUCUGUAGUGUCAAUGUCACUGUCACCAUGGCAAAAGAAUUCCUGCCGAAAAGAUAACCUUUGAAUAACAGCAUUAUCAUUAAAAUUAUCAGUAAAUUAAUCAUCCCGGCGGGAAGAGUCGAUAAAUUAAUCAAGUGCAUUGAUAUGCAAGUUUAUUAAAGCAAAUCCGUUCUGUAUAUUUCCUCAUUGUUUUGAUCGUCUAAUUUGCUAGGACCUUUCAGGAUGUUUUCGAAUGGGAUUUCCUGUAACCUGCCCUUUAGUUGUAUGAGUGUUACUAGAGAUUCUGCAUCUGAUGAACUACUUCCCGCGAGAAUGGCUCGCGAGCCUGUGUUGCUGAAUGUUUAUGAUAUGUAUAAAAUUAAUGAAUACACCUCUAAUAUCGGCCUAGGAGUGUUCCACUCAGGGGUAGAAAUCUAUAACAGCGAAUAUGCGUAUGGUGGUCACCAAUAUCCUUUCACCGGUAUAUUUGAAAUUAACCCUAGAGACGAAAAAGAAUUAGGAGAUCAAUUUAGAUUUAGACAGACAGUGCAAAUUGGUUACACGGAUUUCACUGAAGAGGAAGUUAGAAGAAUUGUUAGUGAAUUAGGAAAGGAAUUUCGAGGAGAUAGAUAUCACUUAAUGAAUAACAACUGCAAUCAUUUUUCAGGAUCAUUUACAAAGAUUGUAAGCGGACAAGAUAUUCCUCCGUGGGUCAACCGCCUAGCAUACUUUAGCAGUUGGGUGCCAUUUCUUGAGCGCUGCCUACCCAAAGAAUGGCUAACUCCAAUGGCACUGCAACAUUCAUUAAGUUGUAGACAGGAUUCGACUUGUUCAGAGGCCUCAACACCUUAUUAACAUGCCAAACUUUAAAGUUGCAAGGAUAUCGUUUGAUCUGUGAAUACGGCCUUAGAAAAAUUUGAUUUGUGGUUUGACAAUAACGCAUUGAUUCAGUCAUCUGUUCUUACUUUUACAAUCAAUUGUAUAUGCAGAAACAGUGCUAAUAAAUUUGAAUGUUCCUAGACUUUAACAUUUUGUUUCGAUGCAAUUUAUUAGUCGAAUAUCAAUUGCGUAAAAACUGUCAAACCAUAUCAAAUAAUUUUCAAAUCGCAAGCAAAAUAUGUCCGAACACAUUGUAUUUGUGAUACUUACCCGCAUGUAUAAUUCCAGUGUUCUCUAAACAAACUCUCUUCCUCUAUAGUUCCGUAUGCAUUUACUUGCCAUGUGUGGCAUAUAAUGUGAAGUGCGGACAAAUUUUACUUUCUUUAUCUAUUUAUUAAUGGGUUACAAUUAUCUACUCACUUUUAAAGUACAAUGACAUGUAAUAUAGAGAGAUUCUAUGAAGUAUAAGAUGUUAAAGAUUUAUUUAGCUGGUCGGAAAAUGAGAUGACUAUUGCCAAUUUGCGAGCCUUUACCUGUAAAGGGAUAAAUAUAUCUACAAGUUAUGAGAUGGUUCAAUGGUUCAAUCAAACCCUUCGAUCAGCACGUUUUUUCAUAAAUCUCAUUUUCUGACUAACACCAUAAUGUUCAAAUGAUGAAAGUAAGGGUAAUAGUGGUCUCCAAUAAUUGAGCACAACGAUAAAUAAAUACGGAAUGUGGAAGAAGUAA